AUGAGCGAUGGUGGUAAAGUGGAAAGCAAGAGACAGACGGAGAAUGAAGAUGAAGCUCCGAAACGAGCGAACGCUGACGAGUUUGGCCGAGCAGUUUCGAGGACUGCGGUUGCACAGGUAUGUGAGAGUGUUGGAUUUGAAAGCUUCAGCGAGUCUGCUUUGGAGUCUCUCACUGAUAUUGCAGUCCGGUACCUCUGUGACUUAGGAAAGACGGCGAGCUUUUAUGCCAAUUUAGCUGGUAGGUCUGAGUGUAAUGUGUUUGAUAUUGUGCAAGGAUUGGAAGAUUUAAGUUCCUCUAGGGGUUUUCCUGGUGCUUUCGAGGUCAGUUAUUGUCUCACUGGUUCAGGCACGGUGAAGGAGAUUAUUGACUUUGUGGAGAGUGCCGAAGAGAUUCCAUUUGCACAACCGGUCCCUCACUUUCCAGUGAUAAGAAAUCGGGUUUUGACCCCAAGUUUUCUGCAAAUGAAUGAAAACCCAACAUUCAAGCACAUACCACCAUGGUUGCCGGCAUUUCCCGAUCCUCACACGUACAAGCAUACUCCCACCUGGAAUGAAAGGGCAACAGAUCCUCGUGCUGACAAAAUUGAGCUAGCCAGGCAGAGGAGGAAGGCAGAGCGGUCUUUAUUGAGUUUACAGCAGCGAUUGGUAUGCAACACCAACGGUGCUGCAGUUGCUUCCACUUCAGCUGGUGAAAAUAAUGACCAGAAGGAUUUACAAAUUGCCAAAACUACUAAUCCGUUUCUUGCUAGACCUCUUCAAGCCGGAGAGAGAGAUAUUUCUCCUGCUUCUCGGCCAGCUAUGCUUUUGGAUGAUGCUGCUGCUGCUGCUGAAAAUAGUUUAUCCGUGUUAGACACAUUUGCUCCUGCUAUUGAAGCUAUGAAAGAUGGUAUUUGUGAUACAGUAGAUAAUGGCAAAAAGGUUCUUCCAAACCACAGGCCUUCUGUGCGUUUCAAUUUCAAAACUGGAAAGAAAAUUCUAGGUGAAUCAGUGGAUUUGAGCCUUUGGAGCAAAAGUUCUAAGAAAACAUCAUCUUGGGUUGGACGGGAUGAUGAGAAGGACGACAAGAAGCGGAGAGCUGAGUUAAUUCUUAGACAGUCUAUGGAUAACCCACAGGAACUCACUCAACUGUAA